AUGUGCAAAGUGAGAACGAAGUGGCAGAACCAACUGCAAAACCAGCCGCACACAGCUCUCGGAUCUUCUCGGAUCUUCUCGGGCUCAAGAUCUGACAGCUGGGCACUGGGCGCGGAGUUACAAGGUCCGUGGCCGUACACCAUGACGGAAAUGGAUGGAGUCAUCAGGGAGCACGAGGUCUACUUUGCCACCUUGGCGGAGCAGGCUGAGCGCUAUGACGAGAUGGCGGAACACAUGAAGUCAGCCGAAGCCCCGGAUCACUUGGAUCACUUGGAUCACUUGGAUCACUUGGAUCACUUGGCACAUCGCACCUUCGAUAUCUUCGAUCUUGCAGCGCACAAACAAACAACGUCCGUGUGUCAGCGUCAGCGUGUCUGCAGAUGA